UACUUUCCUCUCUCUUUCAUCUUUAAGAUCCAAAGAGAGAGAGAGAGAGAGAGAAAGAAAGAGAGAGAAAAAAAAAAGAUGAAGCUUUAUUCUGUUUCCUUGAUGAUCUUGAGUUUAAUUGGUCUCUCCACCACCAUAGUUAAUGCACAACCAGCUAGGGAAUCGUGCAAUUCAAGUCUACCUCUCAACGACCUCACCUUCAACGCCAGCCUCCUCCAAUGCGUCGAAGCUUGGAGUCUCCAAAAUUACAUCCUCCGAUAUGCUAGAACGGUGGAGAACACAUGGAGCUUCAUCUUAUCAGCUCCCGAUUCAAGCGCCUUCAUCGGGAUCGGAUUCUCAACCAACGGUCAGAUGGUCGGAAGCAGCGCGAUCGUCGGCUGGAUACCUUCCGACGGCGGUGCCGGAACAGUGAAACCGUACUUGCUCGGAGGGAAAUCCCCCGGCGAGGUGAAUCCUGACCAAGGGGAUCUAACGAUCGUCAGAGGCUCGUUAAAGAUCGAGUCAGUGUCGUCGCGUAUCUACAUGAGUUUCCAACUGACGGCGGAGCUGCCGCGGCAGAGUCUUCUUUACGCUAUGGGACCUGCCGGGUUCUUCCCAUCUUCGCCGGACUACAGGUUGAGAGAGCAUCGGUUCGUGACCACCACGACCAUCAAUUAUAAUACAGGUUCGCAAAGUGUGGUUAAAGGUUCACCACACUCUAAGCUAAGGAAGACACAUGGGCUAAUGAACAUGUUCGGCUGGGGAAUCUUGAUUAUCAUUGGCGCCAUAGUGGCUCGACACAUGAAGCAAUGGGAUCCCACUUGGUUCUAUGCCCAUAUUGCUUUCCAAACCACUGGUUUUCUCCUCGGUUUAACUGGUGUCAUUUGCGGUUUGGUUCUUGAAAACCGGCUCAAGGCCAAUAAUGUUUCCACGCACAAAGGCCUUGGCAUAACCAUACUCGUCAUGGGCAUUCUCCAGAUGGUGGCAUUGCUAGCUCGACCGGAUAAGCAAUCCAAGUACAGAAAGUAUUGGAACUGGUAUCAUCAUAACAUUGGGAGAAUUCUGAUGAUACUAGCUAUAUCUAACAUAUUCUACGGUAUUCAUUUGGCUAAAGCCGGUUCUGCUUGGAACGGGGGUUACGGUUUUGCCGUCGCUGUUUUGGCCUUGACGGCUAUUGGGUUAGAAGUUAGAAAGUUCUUGAACAAGUAAUUUCUUUUUACUUUUAAACAUCUCUCUUUAUCUUCUUGCUACCAUCGAUAUUUAUCUUGGAUAGGACAGUGUGAUGUAUUGAACAAGUUAUUGACUAAUCAUCUGAAUGAUAUCUUCUUUUUCUUUGUUUUGGAA